GAAUUGCAUUGAGAAUUUCUAAAUGAAAUAUUUUGAUUUGUUAACACUACCUUUCAUAUUUUGUUAAAUAAGUCGGUUAAAAGAAUGAUAUGUUAAUACGGAAGAUAAACUUUGAAGAUAUAUAUACUAUUAUUUAUAAUAUAUACGCGCAAGCGCGCUAUUCAGAAUAAAGAGACGUAUAUGAAUAUAUACGUUGAAAUAUUUCUGCCAUAACCUAAUUUUGCAUAUACGCACUAGGUCAUGUAUACAAACAAAAUGUUUAAUGUUAGUGUUUACUUUAAAAUGUUAACAUAAAAUUCAUUGAAAAGUAUAUUACGUAUUUACGAUUGAUAAAUAACCUAUUGAAAAAUAUGUGCAACUAAAAUACGAGAGCUGAGUGAUAUCUGUGCGAAAGAAAAUUUCUAGCAUAUUGUAUAAUUGUUUGAAUCUAUAUUAUAAAAGAUAAUUAAUAUUUAUAAUGGAAAUGCAACAUAUGAGAAAUUGAGUAGUAAUAUUAAUAAUAAUCAUCACAUCAUAAGAUUCAAGAUAUACAUGCAAUAUUUUCUACCAAUGGAUACCUCUUACGAAUAUGAUAUUAUACGUCAUCCAAGAUGUAUAAUUCACUUGGAUGUCGAUUGUUUUUAUGCACAAGUUGAAAUGUUACGACAUCCAGAAUAUGAUGGCAAACCAUUCGGUGUACAACAAAAAAACAUGGUUGUAACAAGUAAUUAUAUUGCACGUAGUUAUGGUAUCAGAAAAUGUAUGCCAGUGCAAGACGCCUUACGUUUAUGUCCAGAAUUGGCUUUGGUUAAUGGUGAAGAUUUAACAGCAUAUCGUCAGGUUUCAGCUAAAAUAAUGGAAAUAUUACAUGAAUUUACUCCAUUAGUUGAGAGGUUAGGUUUGGACGAUAAUUUUCUGGAUGUAACAUCGAUCGUAGAAAAAUAUAUUUCAUCCAACGAUGAGUCUAAUGAAAAUUUUGGCGAUACGAUUGAAGAAGAUGAUUCAUCAAAUAUAAUUGGCAAUGUUUUUGAAUUAACUGAUGAAGAAUGCCCAUGUGGCUGCCAUUUACGAUUAACGAUAGCAACCAAAAUUGCAUCUAAAAUAAGAGAUCGUGUUUGGAAGGAAUUAAAAAUAACAACAAGCGCUGGAAUAGCGCAUAACAAAUUAUUAGCAAAAUUGGCAGGAUCUUUGUAUAAACCUAAUCAACAAACAUUAAUAUUUCCCUGUAGUGCGUCAAAGUUAUUAUCCACUUUAGAUUCAGUAUCUAAAAUACCUGGGGUGGGAUUGAAAACUAAAGAAUUGUUAAUAUCAAAAAAUAUCAGAACAGUUGAUGAUUUGCGCAAAAUACCAUUAGACGAAUUAGAAUUAAAGAUUGGCAAAGAUCUGGCUAGAAAAUUGAAAGAUAAUGCAGAAGGUAUUGAUGAAACUGCUGUAAAACCAUCUGCAAAAAAACAAUCUAUAGGUAUAGAAGAUGGCUUUAAAAGUGUAUCAUUAGUGGGUGAAGUGGAACAACGACUCAGUGCAUUAUUACGAAGAUUAACAGAAUUAGCUACUGAAGAUGGUAGAAUUCCAAUUGCAAUGAGAAUAACAGUAAGAAAGCACGAUUUCAAUAAACCGAAAAGAGAGACCAGACAGUGUGCUUUACCAAAACAUUUGUUACCUUCAUCUAAAUCUGGUGUUUAUGACCAUGCUAAAAUGUUAACCCUAGCUAUGAAACUGUUUCAUCGUGCAGUUGAUAUUUCUAAACCAUUUCACUUGACUCUUCUAGGAGUUGCUUUUACUAAAUUCGAAGAAAGAUCUUAUGGUCGUAGUAGUAUUACAUCCUUCUUAAGAAAACAAGUAGCCGUUCAAUCUAUUUUGGAUAUUAGUUCAGAGGAAGGUAUUUGCGAUAUUAGUUUGGGGUCACCAAUGAGUAUAAAUCAGGAUAGCAAUGAUGGCUCUGAGCAUUCCGUAUCUGCAACAAGUUUGUCAAAUUCAUCAUUAUCCGGCAUUAAUGGAUCUCCAAUAUCAAAAUUGACUAUUAGUAGCAAUCAAUGUACAGAAGACGAUCUUUUGAGUGAGGUAGAACCACAAUUAAAAAAAACAAAAUUAGAAGUAUGGUUAAAUGGUCGUAGAGAAACUCCGAGCAAUGAAAUGGCAGGUUUAAGGCUUGAAUCUACGCCAAUGCAAAUAUCACCAAAAACGGAUACCACGAAUCGUAAGACCUUACCUGCUGAAUUACAAAGAGAAGUCAAUCGAUCAUGGCCCACAACUAGCAAACCAAAACCAAACAAUAUACUUAAAUUUUUUAUAGCUAAUAAGUGACCGAAUUAUGUGGCCUAUUAUAUAUUAAGGCCAUCUUUUACAUAUAUUUUUAUGAUUUUUAUAUUAGA